AAAUAAUCGGCUGGAGGAGAUAGAGGCCGAGAACGGGAGGGCGGUCAAGCGAUCCAAUUCCUCUCGGCUGUGCUUGCGUUCGGGGGUCCUCGCUCGCCGCCCCCGUCGGCGCCCGCGUCCGAGGCAUUCUGGAACGCCGCGAAGCACAGAGGGAAGCGACGAUUACGUGCCGGAUGGCGUCGUCCCGAGUCGUGUGUCGGUCGUGUGCAGCGCCGAGCGAAGCGUGACUGACUGCCGCACUCCGCUCCGAACGCUUCUUGCCGCCGCCGCCACCGCUACCGCCUCCGCCGCCGCCGACGACGUUCCGCUCCCGCCCGCCACCUCCGCUGCUUUCCCCCCCCCCUUGCCUCUCCCCCGUGUCCAGGGCGAUUCCCCGACGCACCGACGAGCCUGCAGACGGUGCUGAGGAUGUGACGCGACCGCGGGGGCAGUUCUGGUGCCAAGAGUCACGUGACCCGACUUGACUCCUAAGGCAUGAGCACAAGUCAUAGCCAGUGACGAUUCGAGUGAAGAGUGUCUAAAGAAGAAGAAGAAAAAAAAAGAACAAUAACAAAGUGUCCAAGAAAAAAAAUCAGAACAUUACAAAAAUACAAAUUCCCCCCCCCCCCCCCAAAAAAAUAUAUAUAUACCCCAAAAAACAAGGGAAUGUAAAACUUGAGCUCUAGUGACCUCAGCACCAGCCCAGUGAAAAUAAAACAAGAGACAAAAGUGAAUUGACUGAAGGGAAAGCCGCCAGUGAGGUCAGCAAGAUGGGGGUUCCAGAAGCGCCUUAUGCCAAGGUCAAGACGCCGAGGCCGGUCACGGAAGGAAGAAGGAUCCGCAAGCCCAUCAUGGAGAAGAAGCGACGCGACCGCAUCAACAGCUGCCUGGACGAGCUCUCCGCCCUGCUGCAGGAGGAGAGGAUGGUCAAGGCGAGGACGGGGAAGGCCGCCAAGCUGGAGAAGGCUGACGUUCUGGAGCUGACGGUGAGGUACUGGCAGAGCGUCCUGGGUGUCAGGACGCGGGGCGGCUCGGCACAGCUCUCCGGGGAGUCGGGCGAGGAGAGCGGGUACCUCAAGGGCUACAAGCACUGCAUAAGCAUGGUCGAUUCUCUCCUCGGCGACUGCAAGGAGAGCGGGACGGAGACCUUCCGCGAGGGCCUCCUCCAGCACCUGUCGGAGAGGGUUCAGAUGCUGACUCCCGGCGAGGAGGAGAAGAAGUCGGAAGGCGAGAUGGAUCUGGCCAAGUCCUCGGCGGAGAUCACGUCGGGAGGCGAUACCCAGUCCCUCGCUCUCAUCCCGACGCUGCUUCCCGACGGCGCGUUGGCACUCCUGUUGCAGGAGGGCGUUGCCACCACCGCCUUCGAGAGCCACAGCGAGGCCGAAGACGAGCACACGGGGGGACGAGGUCAAUCCCUCCAGCUGAAACCCGACCAGGAGCCGAAGUCCCUGCUCUUCGCCCCGAUGACCUCGCCGAAGGACGCCCAGGACGCGCACAGCCCGAGCCGAGCGAGAGACCAACCCGAGGACCGCAGAGAAGGGCUGCUGGCCGCGGACUCCCUUGGGAAACAGUACAAGCAUCCUAUGGCAGAUCCCACCGAUAAUGGGAGUCCUAUGGAGGAAGGACUCGUCUUGGACGGCCCUCAGCAGGACUUCGAGGGUGCCACGCCCAUGGACACCUGCUCCGACCUCAUGUGGCGCCCGUGGUAGAGGGACGCCGACCGCCUCCGCAACCAAAUGCAUGACGAGAAAUUCUGUUCUCGAUAUUAUAUUCUCCAGCCUAUCGAAGCCUUUAACUAUUCGAGUCAGUUAUAGAUUUAUGUUAUAACCAGUUAAUAAAGAGAUAUAAAUCA